UCGCCCUCCGCCUCCCGCGCUCACACUCGUCCCCGCGCGCUCACACUCGCGCACACACGCGCGCUCACACUCGCGGCCCGGAGCGCUCGCCCCGCCGAGGCGCGGGCACCGCCGGCCUCCCCAUGGCUGACCUGAGCUUCAUCGAAGAUUCUGUCGCCUUCCCGGAGAAGGAGGAGGACGACGAGGAAGAGGAGGAGGGAGUGGAGUGGGGCUACGAGGAAGGUGUUGAGUGGGGCUUGGUGUUUCCCGAUGCUAACGGGGAGUACCAGUCUCCCAUUAACUUGAACUCACGAGAAGCCAGAUACGACCCCUCUCUGCUGGAAGUCCGCCUCUCCCCGAAUUACGUGGUCUGCCGGGACUGCGAGGUCACCAACGAUGGACAUACCAUUCAGGUUAUCCUGAAGUCGAAAUCAGUUCUGUCAGGAGGCCCAUUACCUCAAGGGCAUGAGUUCGAGCUGUAUGAGGUUAGAUUUCACUGGGGAAGAGAAAACCAGCGUGGCUCGGAGCACACAGUUAACUUCAAAGCUUUCCCCAUGGAGCUCCACCUGAUCCACUGGAACGCCACCCUGUUCGGCAGUAUUGAUGAGGCUGUGGGGAAGACCCAUGGAAUCGCCAUCAUCGCUCUGUUUGUUCAGAUAGGGAAAGAACACGUAGGCCUGAAGGCUGUGACUGAAAUCCUCCAAGACAUCCAGUAUAAGGGGAAGUCCAAAAUAAUACCCUGCUUUAAUCCUAACACUUUAUUGCCAGACCCGCUGCUGCGGGAUUACUGGGUGUACGAAGGCUCUCUGACCGUCCCGCCCUGCAGCGAGGGGGUCACCUGGAUUCUCUUCCGGUACCCUUUAACCAUAUCCCAGCUGCAGAUUGAAGAAUUCCGAAGGCUGAGGACACAUGUGAAGGGGGCGGAGCUUGUGGAAGGCUGUGAUGGGAUUUUGGGAGACAAUUUUAGACCCACUCAGCCACUGAGUGACAGAGUCAUAAGAGCUGCAUUUCAGUAGCCAAAGAGAACCGGAACCAGGGCGUCUUCGUCUGGGAGGAAGACAGUGGUCCUAUAGCGCCCUUGGAUGAGAGGCGGAAAAUCUGAGCUACAGCUUCAGUUUAUCCUUGAAGCCUGCAUUGUUUGCCUUCAUCUAAUCCAGCUCUGAUGGACAUCUGUGACAGCUGCCUGUACACGUGCUCUUACAAAAUAUUAGAAAUGGCUGUACAUUAAAGGAAACCCCAUAUUAUUAUAUCCACAUCACUGCUGCUAAUAUCCAUAUUUCUGCACAGACUGUUCAUUGCUUAUGUGUAGAAGAAGUGAAACUAGUUCUCAGAGUUACUAUUAAUAUGAAUGUAUAUCGUGUAUUAAUACUGAGACUGGAAAAAUACAUUUCCAGCGUUAGCAGUCCUUCAUUUCCUGUCCCCAACAGAAAGUUCACUCAUUUGGAGAAUAAUGUAAUUCUCGAUAAUAAAAUGAGAGUUUUGAUCAAGAACAGCAUACAGCUUCACAAUGGAAUGUUAAGGGUUAGUAAAAGUCAUGUUACUUUUCAACCCUCAUUCCAUGAUUAAUGUCAGGGUGAUUUGUUAUAGAACACAAUAUGGGAGUUCAUGCAAGAACAUAAUACUCACUUUGUAUAUUACUUUCUUAGUUAAGGGAUUUAAUUGAAUAUAUGAAUCUAAUCAUAUUUAUUUGAUGUAUUAGAAGCUGUCAUUUCUAGGAAUUUGAGAAAGGUAUGAGAAGCAAAUAGGGUAAAACGAAAGUGGAUACUUUAUUUUUUAUUUUCCAUGAUAGAAACAGAAAUUUCAUGGUCUUCUAUCAUAAUUUAGUGUUGUACAUUUUGUAAGACUUUAGAAUAUAUUAUUCUAUAAAUUCCACUUCAGUAUAUUGAGACGUUUCUUUUACAGAUGACCAACAAUAUCCUUAUUUUAAUUAAUUUAAGUGCAACUGGCAAAUUUAAGCAUAUGCUUAGAUGUGGUUGAAUGUGACAGAAUGAGAUGAUUUAUGUAAAGCAGUAGAGGGCCGGGCGUAUGACACAUACUUAAUAAAUGUUACUUCUUGUUGUUAUAAUUAUUGUUGUAAAACUAAAGACUUUAAUACCAUAGACCCCUUUGGAGGGGUUUUGUGAUGCAAAAUAUCUAAGUUAGAAAUAAUACAGAUGGAAUAAGUGUG